CAUGGAUGGGUUGUGGAAUCCAUGGAACUGGCUGGAUUAGAAGUUUAGUUUGAUACUAACUUGUACUAUGCGUAAUGUGGCCGAGACCAUAAGGAAACUGUUGCUCUUCGCGGUGUGCUGUGAUGCGGGAUUGCCAGGAAACUUGUUGAUGCCUCAGGCGGCGGCAGAAUCACCCUCUUCUGCAGUUGCAGUCUCUCGAGUCUGGACUCCGUCGCACCCUCAAGCAGUCAAGCUGGGGCCUGGCUUCCCCUCUUCUAUCCAACGAACGAACCUCUCUUCGCUUCCCCUGCCUCAAUUUUAGGUGUGAAUUUUGGUUUCCUCAGCAAAAAGUCAUUCUCCACAAGCAAAAAGGUUCUCACGUCGACAGAGUCUCGACCGGAUGCACCAGUCAAUCACGGCUCGCACCUCACCCACUUUGCAAUUAGCAAUGCUCAAGGUGCGACGCUGGGCUCGGAUUGGCGCUCCCGAUCGGUGAUUUUCCCCUGUGGCGGCAAAGCCACGAUGAUCCGUCAUCCCCAGGAAUGUUUGUUGCCGUGACACUUUCAUUGUCAAUGUCUGCUGUCAGGCCGACAAGAGAGAUUACUGACAGCAGACACAUUGAUUAAGAGAGGAAAGAUGGCUCGAGAACUGUUUGUUCUGCAGCUCGCUGGCAUUUCUCGCUGGUCAGGCGCAAACCGAGUGCUGGUGCAUCCCCUGUUUCAAGUUGACUCUGGCCAGUCUGGUCGCGUUUCAGAGUCUGCCACUGUGGAGCCGCCACGGCGCUCACUUUGUCGCCGGACCAGCCGAACAUGCUCGACAAGGAAUCAAGUAUCUUGGCUGGUCGCUGGUCUCUUGCCCUCGACUGCACUCUGUGCUUUGAUUCGCUGAAUCAAUUUUAACCGCUCAAGACACUUUGCACCACGCUGCCACUCACCAGCCAGUAACACCACUGGAAUGGUUAAAGCCACCGUCAAAAUUGGGUCCUGUUACCUGAUUGAGCUGCAAUGGAGCAGGCAGUCCAGAUCCCAAACAUGUGGGAGCUUUCUUUGGGGUUCGUAUAUAUGUGCGGUUGCCCAGGGUCCGCGCCAUCCUCCCUCUCACAUACUUCUCUUCUGUCGCAAAUCAUUGUCCUUCCUUUCUGUCGUCUUUGCCCUUUACAUUCUUUAUCGGGCCUGUUCGUCAUUGCAGAUUGACUCUGCAUUUUUCUUUCCUUUCAGAUUUCGCACGGCCUUGACGGUCGUCUUCCAUUCUCUAACCCAGAUCUUGAUCGAUCUCCUUGCAUCUGCCCAGCGCAGUUCACAAGCUAAAAAGCCCCUCUUUUGUAACCUAAAUCGCAUCUCGAAACAAAAGCAACAGCGGUCUUUAUUCCGACUGAAUCUAAUCCACCAUGUCUUCCUCAUCCUUGCUGCGCAGGGUGGGCUCUCUCGCCGCCUCUGCCAUGGUCCUCCCGCGCCUCGCCCAGGCCACAGGCACUUACAAGCUGCAGACGUCUUGGGAAGGCGAAAACAUCCUCAACCACUUCAACUUCUUCGACCGAGCCGAUCCGACAAACGGCUUCGUCACCUACGUCAACCAGAGCCACGCCGAGAACUCCGGCCUCGCCAAGAUCACUGAUACCGGAAGCCUGUACCUGGGCGUUGACUAUGACACAGUUCUUUCACCCUCAGGCCCGGGCCGUGAGUCCGUCCGUAUCGAGAGCAAAGAGUACUUUGACCAAGGUCUAUACGUCGUUGAUAUCCAGCACAUGCCCGGUAGUAUCUGUGGUACAUGGCCUGCCUUCUGGACGGUUGGACCGAACUGGCCGUACGAUGGCGAGAUCGAUAUCAUCGAAGGUGUCAACAUGCACGAAGCGAACAAGAUUGUCCUGCACACUAGUGGGUCCUGCGACGUCGGCGGCGGCUACGAAAUGUCCGGCGACCUAACCUCGAGCGAGUGCGGUGAGGCUUCCGGAACCAUUGGCUGUGUCGUCGAGGGCGAGCAGGGAUCGUCUGGUACACCCUUCAACAAGCAGGGUGGCGGUGUCUACGCCAUGGAGUGGCAGGCCGAGUACCUGAAGAUCUGGUUCUUCCCUCGGGCUUCGAUCCCUGCCUCGCUUACCGCUGGCAACCCCGACACGUCCGAGUUUGGCACGCCCAUGGCUCAUCUCCAGGGAAGCUGCAACUUUGAGGAGCGCUUCACCCACCAGACGCUCAUCCUCGACACCACUUUCUGCGGUGAAUGGGCUGGAGCCGUGUAUGGUGACAGCGGAUGCCCCCUGAGCGACCCCAGCAACCCCAUGCAGAGCUGCAUCAACUACGUCGCCGAGAACCCUGCUCAGUUCAAGGAGGCGUACUGGGAGCUCAACUACAUCAAGGUCUACCAGACUGGUAUUGUUGGCAUCGCCGAGGCCCCUGAGACAUCGGCUCCCACUUCUACCAAGACCAAGACCGAGGUCCCUGAGACUACUUCCACCAAGACGCAGACCUCGACGGCCGAGGAGACCACUCUCCCGCCGACUACAAGCACAACCACCGUCACCAAGACUGAGCAUCUCAGCACGUCUGAGUCUACAAGCACUGCUACCGCCACAACCACGAAGCCCGCCGCCAGUGCCCCCUCCGACGUCGACGCCGAAGAGGACGCACCAGUCUCCAAGAUCACCAGCUUCGUCACAAUUACCACGACGCUUUGCCCAGUCGAGAGCCUGCAAACCGCAGCAGUCAUCCCAGAACCCGUCUCAGAAGAGCCUGUCGUCGAAACAACAACGACUACGACAACUCCUCCCGCCCCAGCCCCUACUGCCCCAACCACGGAGGAAAGCGUCGUCGAUGCCCCGGCCCCGCCAGCCACAGUCCCUACAGUGGCACCCUCGCCCUCAAUUUCACACCCCGUGGUCUCCUCAGUGCCCCCAACUAGCAUCAUCUACACAGCGCCCGACACCUCCCCGAUCGAAUCCUGGACGAUCGUCACGUCCUCCUCGCAGUUCGUGACUGUCCCGACGGCCGCUAGCCCUGCCACAUCGGAGGCUCCGGAUUACUCGGACUACUCGCCCAGCAUCAUCGACACGGAUGGGACGCCGACAAUGCCUUCGAGCCCUGUGUUCACUGGCGCGGGGAGCAGGCUGUCUGUGAGCAGCGGAAUCGCUGUGAUCGGUGCGCUUGCGGUGAUGAUGCUCGCCUAGGCUGCCCAUUGCCCGACUGUGCAUUCUCUUUUCUUCUAUUCGUCAUCCCGCAAAUUUUCAACGUACCCCUAUUAGCCUAGCAUCCGCUACCAAUACCCUCAGCCUCAGACUGCGUGCAUGCGUGCUUGUGUGUUCUUUUGUAUAAUAAAUCUCUGUCUCUCUCUAUCUACUGCCUAGACUGCAACUGCAACAAGCGCUACAACGCUCUGAGACUUGUCUUUUUUGUGUUAUUUACUGUAUUUCAUCCAUAGGAUUUUCCUGUAGCGUGCGGUAGCUUGGCUUGAACUGGACUAGAUUUAGCUUAGAUAUGUCAAAAUAGAAGAUAGUAGCUUCCAAGCUUUCAUGUAAAUGAAUCUUAGAUAUUGCAUAGUAGAGUAUAUAGCACGUUGUCUAUAACUAGUAUCUAUUUUGUACUCCCCACGCU